AUGAGUUCGCCAGCGCAGGCCGGGCCUUCGGUCCCGAAGGAAAAGAAGGGCCUGGGAAAGAUGCUCGCUAGAGCCAAGACCGUCUUCAAGGGAUCCUCCUCCAAGCGCCAGUCGACCAUUUCCACCUCUGGACAGCCUGCCGGACAGUCCAGCACUGCUCCUGCCCCCGCCGCCGCCCCUGCUGCCGCCCCCAAGGAGACCGCCAAGGAGCCGACCAAGAGCAAGUACGAGGACCUCGAGGGCGUCGUCAAGGUGCCCAGAGCCGAGCUGUUUGAGGAGCGCGCCAGAAAGUUGGGCGAGAGAUUCGGCCUCGAGAUUAAGCAGAGCGAGUGGAUCUCCACCGAGGGCACCGCUCUCCGCGUCGAGAAGCCCAUCCGCAUGCGUGUUCACCGAACGUGCCACAAGUGCAACGCUACCUUCGCCGCCGCCAAAGAGUGCCCUACCUGCCAGCACGUCCGUUGCACCAAGUGCGUCCGCUACCCGCCCAAGCGGACCGAGGCCGAGCGCAUCGCGAGCCGGGAGAAGCGCGCCGCAAUCCUCAAGGCCCAGAAGGAGAACGCUCCCAUCAUCCCCGACUACUCGUACGAUCCGAAGGAUGCCAAGGACAUCGUCCUCAAGCGCCCCAGCAAGACUGGAGGACAGGAUCUCAUUUACAAGAAGCCCAGACAGAGGGUUCGCAGAACCUGCCACGAGUGCCAGACGCUCUUUACCGCCGGCAGCAAGACAUGCUCCAAGUGCAGCCACAACCGCUGCACCGACUGUCCCAGAGACCCUCCCAAGAAGGACAAGUAUCCGUUCGGAUACCCUGGCGACGAGUUUGGGCCGAAUGCUGUGCCGCAUCACGAGUGCUACAAGUGCAAGACGAUAUACCCCGGCGGGGCGGAGGACGGCACCGAGUGCAAGAAGUGUGGACACAAGAAAGACGCCAACUGUCCUCGCCUGAAGCCUCGCAAGGUCGAGCCAGAACCAGACCCGGAAAUCCUCAAGAGCAUACAAGCCAAGAUCGAGGCUCUAAAACUCAAGUAA